ACGCCGAAAGACGAAUCCCAAUACCACGGGCAGAACGAAUCUAUCUUUGUACAUUUGAGUUUUUGGCAUCAAGCAACAGGCAUCAAUCCAAGCCGACGAAAAGAAUGUCUGCCAACCACAUGGCAACCAGUUGUAUCUCUCUGGUGUCUAGAUGUUAAACAAAUAUUAACACACCCCAGAACGAUUAGACCUUCAACAAACAAACAUACGCUCGCAGUCUGAUUCGUGAUUUCACGUCUUGUGUUGAUUCUCUUCGACAUUCCAGAGUUGGAGAGUGAAUAACAAUGGAUAAAAUAUUAAAAGGUAUCCUUAAAUACAGGAAAACUUAUCGAGCUGAGAUGGUAGAGCAAUUCAAGCAAGUUGCCGAUAGACCUGAGCCUAAAGCUGUGUUUUUCACAUGUAUGGACAGCAGAAUGCUUCCCACCCGAUUUACACAAACAGAUGUUGGUGAUAUGUUUAUAGUAAGAAAUGCUGGAAACUUGGUUCCCCACUCAAGACUGUAUGGAAUUGAUUCAGCCACAACUGAGCCUGCAGCCCUAGAGCUAGGGUGCAUUGUAAAUAAUGUUAAACACAUGGUUGUUUGUGGACACUCGGAUUGCAAGGCCAUGAAUCUCUUAUAUAGUUUUAAAAAGGGAAUUGAAACUAAUAUGAGGACCUUAGAAAGAUCUCCACUUAAGGCUUGGCUUCACCGUCAUGGCAGCAGUUCUUUAACCAAAUUUGAGAGAUUAGAGAUGCAUGGUUUUCAAGAGCCAUUAACUUUCCCAAUGGAUGGACCAUUCAGGCAAUUUGUUGCCUACAUCGAUCCUGACAAUAAAUUCAGCCUUACAGACAAGCUGUCACAGCUCAAUACAUUGCAACAGCUUCAACACAUUGCCAGCUAUAGCUUCAUCCAAAGUGCCAUAAAUUCGGGACGAGUGCACCUACACGCGUUGUGGUUCGACAUCUACACCGGUGAUAUCUACGUUUUCAGUCGGAGGCAAAAACGGUUCGUAGAAAUGAGCGAAGACACUUCCGACUACUUGUUGGACGAAAUACGCGAAUAUUUUGUUUGAACUUUCAGAUAUUGCUCUCGGGAUGCUAUCCUCAAGCAAUUAAAAUUAGAUUUAUUUUACGCUGAUGCACAUCUCAAAGAAAUUUGAUGGGCUGAGUUUCAGACUUCGUUAUUCGUAAAGCUAUUUUGUAAAUAGUGAAAAGAAAAAAACUAAAUAAACAGUAUAUAACUCUUCCAA